GCACACCACACCAUCGCCAGGGCUUAAAGUACCUUUUCUGACUAUCGAGAACUCGACGAGAACAGAAAAAGAGGGGAGAAAAACACGCAGCCUCCCGUCCAGCCCUUCCCCCGGCGCUGCUGCCAGCCAGCACGCACCACCAUCCGCCAGCAUCGACGGCCUGCUCUGCCAGCCAGUCACCGACGCCGUUUGCCAGUAGCACCACGCGACGCCCGCCAGUCGCUAUUACCGUGCCCGCCCUUGCCCCGAUUUGGCGUACCUUCCCGCCGCGGCUACCCGGUCAGGCCCAGCGCGCGCAAAUCUCUUGCCUUCUUGGAGCAAGCCUCUCAAGAAAGCCAGCGCCCCGUCCGACCUCUACCCGGCCACCCACCGAUCCAAUCCCACACCGCCGAGCGUCGUCAUACGCUGCUGCCACGAGACCCAACAGCACAUCACAUAGCUGUGCAUAACGAUAAAGACCAAGACCGAGCCGGAGGACAAGGGAGCCACCCGUCACCGUUGACUGGUCCGCGCCUCCGACGCAACUCGAUAUGAGCUUCCCACCAUCAGACCCGGGCGCCCCCCGCUGGGCCCUGGCCUUCGCCCCUAGCGUUGCCUCGGUUCCUCAAAAGGUGAGGUCCAGGACCCAGAGCCUCUCCAGCGAUAGGCCCUCCACAGUUGCCCACAGCCUCAUGUCGCCACCGCUCUCUAUUUCGCCCGAGGCGGCCUUUAUCGCCUCGGCCGCCGCCUCCCAGAUCGUCACGAACGACCACGAUGCCCACGCCGCCACAUGGUAUGAUCAGCAGGGCGUCGAACCCCCUGCCGAGACCGUGCUCGUCUCUCGCGGCGCACUUGCCCUGGUGAACAGCUUCCUCGACCACCUGCUGUUCAACUUCCUCUGCAGCGCAGGCUCCACCAGCCUCGUCUCCCUGCGACCCGCAGUCACCGAUGUUCUCAAGCCCAAGCUGGCCAGCGACGCCAUGAACCAGGCCGAUGAGGAGCUGCGUGAGUAUCUCGGUGGGGCCGACGACGAGGACUACUCCCAGUCCGCCAGGUCGGCCCGAGACUGGGAUCUGGAGCUUGUCUGGAAGCGAACUCGUCUGCGAUGUAUGGUUUACUCAUCACUCGGUGAUCUGGAGGAGGAGGACGAAGACUUCUACAUGGAACAGGAAGAUCUUGUGGUCGCCGGCGAGUCCGAUGACACCGUUUCUCCCCCCGUCGCCAUUUUCCUAACCUCGAUCCUCGAGUUCAUGGGCGAGCAGGCUCUGGUCGUUGCCGGAGCCACUGCCAGCCAGCGCAUGCGCGUCGACUAUGAGAAGGGGUUGAAGGACGGAAGUCGAAGCCCCGGAGAUGUUGUCGAAAGGAUAGUCGUCGAAGAUGGCGAUAUGGAGCGAGUCGCGCUGGACAGGACACUUGGUCGGCUUUGGAGAAGCUGGAAGAAGAAGAAGAUGGUGCGAUCACCAAGGGGCGGCCAGGAGGCCGUCUUCGGAGGUCGGCCAUAUUCGCGAGGCUCCGUGCGGGCAAGCAACAGCGGCAAUUUCAGGCUCGGAAGCAUCACAGUUGAUUCUCCGCGUUCCGCGACGGAGCAAUUCGAGCCCACGCAUUCUCAACGGAGCAGCAUGUCGAAGAUCACCCGAACACCACCAGCCAGCGAGCAGGAGCUGGCAGCUUCGAUCCCGUUGCCCAUGGGCCAGGACGAUGUCACCGAGAUUCUGAUCCCAGGCCUAGUUCGCUAUGACGACGACAACGAUGACGACGUGAACGAGGUUAGGCACCGGUCGGGCGCCUCGAGUCGCCCGACGCGUCCCAAGAGCAUGAUGGUUUUCACAUCGGCACCUGGUGGCGCAAGCCUUCCGACUCCUGCAGACUCGCAGCCGCACACCCCAUUAGCCUCCCCCCGAAAGCGGUCCAACUCUAUGCCAAGCUUUGCGACAUUCACCUCAAUGUCACCACCCCUCAAGCGCGCCAAGGUUGCCUCGAGGCCGCCUGCGGACGUCCCUGCGACCGGGCCGGAGAAGAGGAAGAGUGCCGGAGGCAAGCGGCCCCAGGCGACCGCAAAGCACGUGCCGGUCGCCGGGCCGCCGAGCCCUGCGCUGUCGGAGGAGACACAGUCGCGUGCUGCCACAAUAGACCCCGAGCAGAUGCAGAUCUACAAGGGUCGGCGUAAAUCUUCGGCUGAGAUCUCGGCCAUGAUCGCGGGCGCCACGGGAGGCGUGAAGGCUGCCCUGGACGCCAAGUUCUCCCGUCCGUCCCUGGAUGAGGUGGAUGAGAUCGACGAGUUCUCGGAGGAGCCCGAAAUCCUGACGUCGUCGAGGGUCUCUAUUUCCGGCAGGAGUACCUCGCCAACCGCCUCGGUUAGCGAUCGUGGGAAACCCAAGCCACCCAUUACUAUUGGAAUCCCUACGCGGUCCCCCAGCGUGCACUCUGUGCGCAUGAUCGAGCUCCACACGCCACGGAGUCCGGUUUCGAGGUCUCGUGGCAGCUCCGCCGACGCUCAGGAGCGGGCUUCGCUCCGCAGCAACGACCUCUCCCGAACCGACAGCUUCCCCACCUCGCCGCUCAGGGAGGAGAAACGGCCUGCUGGUAGCCCAUCCAAGAAGGCUUUCCCCUUCCCCAAUGGCAAGCCCACCCGGGUUCACAACGACUCCAUCUCGGAAGCCGAGGAGAUCGCUGGCAUGGACUUUCGCCAGCACAGCGACGCAACGACCCCGAGUGCCUCGCAGUCCAGAUCGCAGUCGAACGAUCUUCAGUCUCAGCUUCACUCGUCAGAUGCCAUCUUUGGCUCCGUCUCCCGCCAGACAUCGCCUCCCCACUCGCCUGUCAGAUCGUCCCCUUUCAGGGCCUCCCCUGCCAGAUACUCUCCUGUCAAUACCGCCGCCGUGUUCUCGUCCAAGGCCUCCAAUGGAACGUUUUUCUUUGACGAAAAGCCAGAUGUUCCAUCAAAGCCAUCCGUUUCCAUCACGCGGAAGGCAGCGCCACCGGCUCUGCCAGAGCGCAGCAUCAACAGGCCGGCCAGCGCGGCGGGCCCUUCAACACCUGUUGAGCAACGACCUGUCAUUGCCACCAUAAGGAAAGUAUCAGGUGAGCGUCCUAGUCCGCGCCCUAGUCCGCGUGCAAGCCCGCGCUCUAGCCCCCCUCUAGAAGACGUUGCCGAGUCUCCUCGUGCGUCCAAGUUCCCGGAGCAACCUGGCAGGUCGAUGGACGGGUCUGCCCCGUCGGUCUCCUCAAUCCAGCUGUCAGCUCAGCAGCAGAGGAGAAAGCCGGUUCGCACCUCGCAGGAGAGCGCGUCUGGUGACAACGCCGUCACGCCCGAGGACGUUGCGCGCAACUUUGAGGAGCUUAUGAAGAGCGACCAGACCAUUCAAUUCACGCUCACACCUGAGAGCAUGCGUGAUAUUGACUCGGUUCGAUCUGUGAAGGUUGACAGCCCCGUCGCGCGACCAAAAAGCGGGAAGAGUGAGGACGUGCAGCCACACCUUGGUGACCGCACUCGUUCUUCCCCGUUGUCUGCCACCCCCCCGCGAUCCGGCGAGUCGAGGACACAAUCGGGUUCGCAGUCGACAGGCUUGAGCUCUCAUCCCGUUCAUCUGUCGUCGGGCAUCAAGCUGACUGGGCCGAUCCCACGAGCACCUCCCGGAGUUGUGUCCAACAUUCGUGUUGUUGGACCUCAGGCGAGAGACGCGCGGGUGCCCAGGGAGUCCCUUUUAGACUUUGCCGACUUCAUUCGCGGAACUGGACCGUCGGGCGCUGGCCCGCCUGUUUCGCUUCGUACGAAUCACGCGGGCAUGAUGACCAUGAGCGGAGCCGCUGGUGGUGCCAACGACGUGAACUUGGCGGGCGCCGGUAGCAGGCCCCUGACUCGAUCGUCGACGGCCAGCAGCCAGAACCGGCGCCGGUACCAGGCGCGAGCAGCCGUUGUUGACCCGCGCGAGGACAACUCGGACCUGAUUGACUUCAUCCGUAGGGGGCCGCCCAGCACGGGCAACAACCCGCGCAUCCCGCGGACGGUUGCCCCGUUCCGCACCACCAUGGACUCGGAUCAGUUCGCCAUGGCGCCCGGUGGCAAGGCAGUAGAUGCCACCAUCCCCGACAUCAGGAACAGCAGCGCAGCGUCAGCCAGCGUCACGGAGCGCUCGUCGGUUAACUCGUCUAGUGCGCUGCUCAACAACAAGGGGUCCUUUCCAAUCCCCGGCUCCGGACAAGGCGGUGGCGGCGGCAUGUGGGACGAGGACGACAUGAUCCCCAAGCGGAAGCAGAGGCGGGUACGGGACCCGUACGCCAUUGACAGCGACGACGAGGAUGAAGACCUGGACGUGCAGUCGACCCCACGAGUGGGGAUGAGGCACGCUCAACAACAGCCCACGCCGCCGCAAGAAGAGAGCCUUGCCGACUUCCUGAUGAACGCGCCCGCGCCCAAGGACACGCCCGUUCUGCCCUUCCACCUCCCUUCAGGCUACCCCGGCGUCGUCGCGCCUAGCAAGCCGACGGCGCCCAAGAAGAAGGCGAGCGCGCCGAGCCUCAUGGCGCGGUUCACACGCAGGGAAAGCCACUCACCGACGAUGAACUCCUUCGCCGCCGCUCUCGGCCGCAGCUCGUCCAAGACGGCCGUCGCUGACUCGGCGCCGCCACAGUCGGCGGGCCGCGCUGGUGGCGGCAGGGGAUACACGCCCAUCCAGAUCAACAUGCCCGGUGACCUCGGCGACUUGUCCUCUCUCUACGGCACGGCCCCGCCCACCCGCCCCGCCACGGGCGGGCCCAGGGUGCCCAUGCGCAAGUACGAGCCGCGCGACCCGGUGCUGGUGCGCGGCCGUGGGGCCACGUCGGACCUGGCCGACUUCCUGCGCCAGUCGGAGCCGCCGCAGGACUUUGCGGCCGCCCCAAGGUUCGGCGCUGUCGAGCAGGAGGUUGGAGGCGGCGGCGGCUUCUCCAAGAGAUUCUCGCGCCGCAAGUAGUUGCUCGGACUUGAACGAUUCCUUUUGCUUUUGCUUCCUGCCUUUCAGCCAGCACUCUCUUGGUUUCGUCUUUGCUUUGUCCGGUCUUUUUUCGAUAUUGUUUUUUUCUUGUUCUUUUUCUCUCUUCCACCUUGGAUAUCAUUUUUAUUCUUUUGGUUGGGCAUCUUUCUGGGAUCAAACCCUAUCAGGCCAAAAAGUUUGGACGUCCGACGCCGUAUUUUCACUUGCAGCCACCAGGUCUUGUCAAUGAUUCUACAAUUUUUAUUCCACCAUUCUAUUUCCAUAUCAUAUCUCUUCCCCUUUUUUUUCGGUUUCUCCCGGCAGAUACGUCUGGCCGUGCCCCUCUGGGUUUUGAUUCCUCAUUCCUUCGCAUUUUUCUGGACGCUCCAGCCUCAUCUUUCUUUUUGUUAAUCGGCCUUCACUUCUUGCUUGUACACAUUGUUCAUCCGGGCAGCUUUGCACCCGGUUGCUAGCCUUGGUUUUUAUCUGCAACCAUCUGGGGAGGAAGAUGACAUGUCCGUCUCUGAUCAGAACUGAUCCAUGAAUAAUUCCAACAUGCGUUUUCGAUUUACAAUUUUCU